AUGCCAAAAGUGCACUUGCUGGAUUAUGUUGCUGGGAAUGUCAGAUCUCUUGUGAAUGCAGUGGAAACAUUAGGAUAUGAAGUUGAAUGGGUUACAUCCCCAGCAGAUGUGAAGAAGGCAGAGGUGAGCAACGAGAUUACUGAAGCUGAAAGUAGUGUACUGACGUUCAUCCAAUUGUUAAAGAAACUGAUAUUACCAGGUGUCGGACAUUUUAGGCAUUGCGUAACCCAGCUAUCUAAAGGUGGCUUUCUUGAGCCCAUUCGCGAACAUAUAGAGUCUGGCAAACCAUUCAUGGGAAUUUGUGUCGGUCUUCAGGUACUAUGCCAAGGUUCAGCUGAGGCCCCUGGGGUGAAAGGUUUAGGACUGGUUCCUACGACCCUGGUGAAAUUUGAUUCUUCCACCAAGAGUGUGCCUCACAUUGGCUGGAAUUCCGCCAAGUGCGAACAAGAGAACGUGUUUUAUGGGUUGCAACCAGGAAACAAGUACUAUUACGUACACUCGUAUGCAAUUCCUUACAGUAGGAAUAUUUUUGAUGCCGAAUGGGACGUAGCGACUGCAAUGCAUGGAGAGGAAACCUUCGUCGGUGCCAUCAGCCGACAAAAUGUGUUUGCCACCCAAUUCCACCCCGAGAAAAGUGGCCCGGCCGGAUUGAGUACGUUGCGUGCUUUUCUAACCGGUGAUAAGAGUUCAGUGAAGUCCCAGCUGCACUCUAUGGCGGCGGGAGGUCUUACACGGCGGGUCAUCGCCUGCUUGGAUGUGCGCGCUAAUGAUCAGGACGAUCUUGUGGUGACGAAAGGAGAUCAAUAUGACGUACGUGAGAAGGAGGAUGGCGCUGCCCAGGGGAAUGUCAGGAAUCUUGGUAAUCCAGUUGAUCUGGCCAAGCAAUAUUACCAACAAGGAGCAGAUGAAAUUGUCUUCUUAAACAUUACCUCUUUUCGCAAUUGUCCGCUGGCGGAUACACCAAUGCUUGAGAUUCUUCGUCGGACGGCUGAAACUGUAUUCGUUCCGUUGACGGUUGGUGGAGGUAUCAGAGAUAUCGUCGACGCCGAUGGGUCUUAUAUUUCGGCCCUGGAUGUUGCAACACUUUAUUUUAAGUCGGGUGCAGAUAAGGUAAGCAUCGGUUCGGAUGCGGUGACGGCUGCUGAAAAUUAUUACGCUGCUGGAAAGCGGCUAUCUGGCGCUACAGCCAUUGAGGCAAUAUCAGGUGCAUACGGAAAGCAAGCAGUUGUGGUCAGCGUCGACCCCGUUCGAGUAUAUGUUUCUGGACCGACGGACACGGGGCACCAUACGAUUCAAACAGAUUUCCCGGACGAUGCCGGCAAUGAAUACUGUUGGUAUCAAUGUACGAUAAAGGGUGGCCGCGAACGGAGGGAUGUCGAUGUGCGGCAAUUGAUCGAGGCUGUUGAGGCCAUGGGUGCUGGGGAGAUACUACUCAAUUGUAUUGACAAAGAUGGUGCAAGCAAUGGUUUUGACCUUGAAUUAAUAAAGGAUGUUAAAUCUUUCUCCACGAUUCCAAUAAUCGCAUCUAGUGGUGCUGGAAAGCCGCUCCAUUUUCAGGAGGUAUUUGAACGAACAGAAGCUGAUGCUGCUCUGGGUGCCGGCAUGGUAGGUUCCAAUAUACCUAAUUUGCCUUCAUACCUGGCUAACACAAUUUAG